GGGCGCUAGGGUUUGCAGCGGACGGGCGGCCACCGUGUGUUGUUUGUUGGAGAGGCAUCAGUAGAUGUUCCCUCCGCCGCCGCCGAGCCAGUCCAUUCCCCUUCUUCCUUCUCCCCACUCCCCACUCCCACUCCAUCUUCUUCCGCCAUCUUCUUGCCGGAGGGCACUCCGUCUCCCUCUCGUGUUUGUCCAUGAAUCCGGUUCCGACUACAAUCUGAUUGUGAUUCUUAGACCUCACCCCUCCUCAAUAAGUACCACCACCAGUCCUAGAUAGGAGUACGCCUGUGUGAGAUCGCACAAGACCCACCAUGCCGCACGAAGGCUAUUACGAAGCCUCUUUGCGUCCGCCGGCCUUGGAUGAUGCGCCGGCGGCGAAGGACUGGGGGGAAGUCCUCCUCGACCGCGUCGCUUACAUGGUCGACAAGAAAAACCAUACUUCCGUCAACCUUCAAUUCAAGAGGGAUCUGGACGGCAAGGAGGUGGAUCUGUGGGUCACUCUGUGCUUCGCCUGGCCGCCUCGUCUCUCCUAUUUCUGCUGCCACGCCUCCUGCCCCAACGACAAAGAAGAAGACACCCGCUUGUUCUUCCGCGAGCCUUUCGUGUUCGCCACGGAGGGUAACCUCGCCGUCAUCACCCUCUGCCACGGGCGCAGCCGCCCCUCCGCCUUCGGGUCCAAGAAGAACAACUACGAAUACUUGGUGUACCAGGCACCAUCCUCACCGGCGGGGAAGCCGGAGCUCAUCUGGGUCCCGCACAUCCCCGCCAGCAUGUUGCCAAGCACGGGAGUCGACUGCAUCCCUUCCAGCUCGAUUGGUGUCGUGCGUUACAACAGCAACAUUUUCACCCAUGCUCACCCCCACAAAAUCCCCCUCGCGCCCCCUGCCCCCAUCCUCAGCCCUGCCGUUGCACUUGCCCGCCCCAAAAGUUUCCCUUCCACGCCCCCAACCUCCGUCCUCAGCCCCUCCGUCGCCGCCCUCCCCAAGGAGGAUGAGGACUUCGAUGCCCACAGAAUCGUAGCGCUUGCCUACGACUAUUUCCACGACUCUGGCAAUAGCCCACAUGGCCCAUACUACCUGUGCAUCUACGACUCCAAAACCCAGGUUUGGACCCGCAAGCCAGCUGCUAUUCCACAGCCGCUGCUGCCAUUCGACUAUAUCUGCGACAUCGACAUGGUCAUCACCAUCGGUGGCUCCAGCCGUGGCAUCAUGGGCUGGGUCGACCUCUGGAAUGGCAUACUAUUCUCUGACGUGCUUGCAGACCACACACCCUGCAGCCCGCUUCGCUAUGUCUCCCUUCCGAAGCCAAGGCAGCCGCAAAAUUGCCUCCCUAUUCCCCUGGACAUUGGAUGCCGCUUUCGGGACAUUGUCUUUGUCAAAGACUCUGGCAUCAUCAGGUUCGUUGACCUGCAGAUCCACACCGACCCCAACAUCCCUUACUCAGAAACCCCUAGUGGCUGGACGGUGGUCACAUGGAUCCUGGAGGGGCUCAAUGAGGGUUUGGAAAUCCAGGGUGGUUUGAGCUUCCGGCAGGAGCACGAACUCCGUUCUAGUGAUAUCUCCAACUACAACUUGCCCCAGUCUCUAUUUGUUACCAACCCCAUUCUCAGCGCCCAUGAAGAUGGCUUCUUGUACCUCAGGACCAAUGUCAGUAGCAGAACCAGCAGCAACUCGAGAGUGAUCACUGUUGACAUCAAGCAUGGGAAGCUGCUGGAUGUGCAGGACUUCGAUAUGCAGAGACCCAACACCUACAUGCGCACCGCCAUCUCCAGCCAUCUCAUGCCCCCAGUUUCAAAGGAGAAUUUGUAACGACGAGCGACAGUGCCUCAGGGAUCCUCUCGCAAGAAGCCACAGCAUCAGCUUGUCAUCACUACCAACCCAGCGGAAGAAGGAGAGGAUGAUGAGGGGAAUGCGAUGGACACACAGUAGGUGGUUUGUUGAGGUAUGAGUGUGCCCACCAGCGUUAUGGUUUCUUGGCUGUCAACAUGUAUAUGCGCGCCUGUUCUUCUUGCUUGGUUAACUAGUCAGGAUCAGAAUUUUAUUUAUUAUUUAGGUUAUAUAAGACUUGGUAAGCCUGUAUGAUGGGAGGUUGAGACUAGGAGACGAUUAUUAAUAUUUAUUUUGCUAGUAUCAUGUUCUGGUGCAACCUGA